AAGGAUUUUGUACAUCUGAUCUAUCUCCAAAGUAGCUUCAAGUUGGUUGGUCUUCUCGUCCCGAUCGAGUUUCUUUGGUUCUCAGAAAGGUCUUUCCUUUUUCUUCUACCUAAAAGAGAUGGGGACAUACCUGAGUUCUCCCAAAACUGAUAAGCUAUCAGAAGAAGGUGAGAAUGAUACGCUCAGAUAUGGUUUAUCCUCUAUGCAAGGUUGGCGCGCCACCAUGGAAGAUGCGCAUGCCGCAAUUCUUGAUGUGGAUGAUAAGACAUCCUUCUUCGGUGUGUACGAUGGGCAUGGAGGUAAGGUUGUAGCAAAGUUCUGUGCAAAGUAUCUACACCAGCAGGUUCUGAGUAACCAAGCGUAUGGAGCUGGAGACAUUGAAACAUCUCUUCAAAGAGCAUUCUUUAGAAUGGAUGACAUGAUGCAAGGACAGAGAGGUUGGCGAGAGCUGGCUGCACUUGGCGACAAGAUGAAUAAGUUUAGCGGCAUGAUUGAAGGAUUCAUCUGGUCACCGAGAAGCGGUGGUGACGUCAAUAACCAGCCUGAUAAUUGGCCUCUUGAGGAUGGUCCUCAUUCUGAUUUCACCGGACCUAAUUGCGGGUGCACAGCGUGUGUAGCUCUUAUUAAAGAUAAGAAGCUCUUUGUUGCUAAUGCUGGUGACUCACGUUGUGUGAUCUCGAGGAAAGGUCAGGCUUAUGAUCUUUCUAAAGAUCACAAGCCUGAUCUUGAAGCUGAAAAGGAAAGGAUAUUAAAUGCUGGUGGCUUUAUUCAUGCUGGGCGUAUUAAUGGAAGCUUGAAUCUGACUAGAGCCAUUGGUAAGCUUAUUUUUUACUUCUUUAGACCUUAUUAUUUUACGCAUAGUCUUGAUUUGAAGCAUCGGUUAUGGUUCUUUACAGGUGACAUGGAGUUCAAGCAGAAUAAGUUCUUAUCAUCUGAUAAGCAAAUGGUUACUGCUAAUCCAGAUAUAAACACUAUUGACCUAUGUGAUGAUGAUGACUUUCUUGUUGUUGCAUGUGAUGGAAUCUGGGAUUGUAUGACAAGCCAGCAACUGGUGGAUUUUAUCCAUGAGCAGUUAAAAUCUGAAACAAAUCUUUCUACGGUCUGUGAAAAGAUUGUUGAUAGAUGUUUGGCUCCAGACACUGCGAGUGGUGAAGGUUGUGAUAAUAUGACCAUCAUCUUGGUCCAGUUCAAGAAGCCUAACUCAUCGGAGACAAAAGUAGAAGAAGAAGAUGAAGUCAAACCAGAAGGUCCAGAACCAAGCCAGGAGGCCCAGGACGAGCCGAGCUCAUCAAGCUAGUAGUCUUUAAAAGAGCCAAGAGGGGAGAUUUGAAAGUCUUAUAUCAUUGUCUUUGGUUCAACAUUUAAAAUGCUUUUGAGUGGGUUAGAGAAGCGGAAGCUAGUAUUUAUUGGGAUUUAAGGUUUUUCUUUUACCUCAGUUUUCACUGCUUCUCUUUACUCAACAGACUCUGGUUCUAAACGGUUCCUGUAAGUGUUUCAAAAAAAAAAAAACGGUUCCUGUAAUCAGAAAACGACUUUGUAUAGUUUGUCUUGUGAUUUGUGGGGAAAAGUGUUGUUUUAGGAUACUUUCAUA